GAUAGCAGGAGCAGAACAGAGCUGAAGACUCAGCACAUUAAAUUGAGACUAAACCACUCCGCCAUUAAUCGAUGUGCUAAGAGCCACCGAGGCUACACACGGUUCAACGCCGCCGCCUUCGAGCUAGCGCUGCCCCCGCUGCUAUGCUAACACUCGCCCGGUAGCUAUAGUGUGUCACGUCGGCUAACGGGAAGAGCCGCUGCUACAUGCGACCGGCCGCAGGAGACAGCGCCGACAGAAGAGAGACAAAGGCGGCCGCCGCUGUCAGUCCAGAAGUAGUCUCCGUUUAAGAUGAGCUUGUUCAAUUUGGACCGUUUUCGUUUCGACAAGAAGGCGCAGGACAGCGGCUCCAACAGCCCCGAGUCGGAGAAGGAGAAUAAGCCAGCUCAGAUGAAGCGUGUCAAAGCUCCAUCAAAGUCCCAUGCCCGAGGAGUGGUUUACGAGGAAGACCUUUCUAUCGACUUAGAAGAUGACGAGGUCCUCUCUGAACCAAAGACCAGAGUAACUUCAAGUAUGAAAUCCAAGAAUCCAAUUUGGAAACCGUCAGAUCAUACGGAUAAUGAGGAGAAUAAGUCUGAGGAAAAAACAACCAGGCUUAAAGAGAUGUUUCCUCAGAUGACGAGGGAGGAGAUACUCGAGGUCAUUGGAAGCACAAGCACAUUGGAAGAGGCUGUAGAUGCCUGCUUUUUAAAGGGCUCUGAUAACAAAGCUCCGGAACAAGACAAAAAGAGAAAGCUGGAUGGAUCCAGCAGUUCUCAGGACAGUGGUGAGAUUCAAGAGACCAAGAAAAGGAGAGUGUCAGAGGUAUUUGAUGAAGAUGACGAUGAUGCCAACGAGCCAAGCUGGGAGAAGCAGGAAGCCAUGGUGAGAAGACUGCAGAAAAAGUUUCCUGACCAGGACAAGGAGGAGCUGCGGAUGGUUCUCCAGGAACAUGACUGGAAUGCAGAGGAGGCUCUGCAGGUUCUCCAGAUGUUCUCAGACCCAGAUACCAGCUUCAGCGCACCUGAGUCAGAAGAAAAGAAAUCCAGCAAAUCAAAGAGUAAAGACAAGUCAAGCAGGGACCACAAAGAGUUGAGGCGCCACAAAGAUCACAGAGACAGUACAAAGAGGAAUGGUCAUGAGAACUCUAAAGACCCCAUAAUUGUCAGUGAAACAGAUGGAGACAGUACAGAUGAUACAGAAGCGUCAAAAGACAGUGAAGACGAAUCAGACCCAGAAGACAUUAACGUUUCCAUACCCAACACAAGUAGAGCCUCCACUAUGAACACGUGGCUACAAAAAAUUUCUCGCCCAGUGUCUUCGUCCUCCUCUGUCAAGAAAACAACUACCUCUUCGUCCCUAAAGCAUUCCUCUUCUCCCUCCUCCUCCUCCACCUCGUCCACUGCCCAGAUGCUGUCCAGAUUUGCCAGUGGCACGAGUAUAGCGAAGAAACAGGCAGCAGAGAGAAAGACAAAGGCGCGUGCCUCUGAUGAACGUGUCAGUUCUGAGGGUGAAAAUGACGAUGAAGAGGACACAUUUAGCAGCGAGUUUGAAAACUCUGAUGAGGAGCUUGACACUAAAGGUGCCAUUACGGGAAUAAAGAAGGAGGUGCUCAAGUUUUUCCAGGAAGAAUCAAGAGAUGAGCUGAUGCUGAUCGCUGGCUGUUCUGUUAAAAAGGCCCUGAAAAUUGUGGAGCUGAGACCCUUUAGUAGCUGGAAAAGCCUGGUUGAAGUCUUUAACAAGGCCAAUGGACUGUCGCAGGAUUUACUCUUCGGCUGCAGACUUGUCCUCAGGGAGCGGAAGAUGGUGGUGGGGCUCAUGUCCAAAUGUAAUACUAUUUCCUCAAAAAUGCUCAAGCAAGUGACUGAAGUGAUGGAGAAAGGCACAGGGGCCAUGAAACAGCCCAGAAUACUCAACAGCAAGUUACGACUGAAGCCCUAUCAGCUGAUUGGUCUGAAGUGGCUGCUGCUCCUGCAUGAGCACAAGCUCAGUGGUAUCCUCGCUGAUGAAAUGGGUUUGGGGAAAACUAUCCAAGCCAUAGCGUUUCUGGCCCAGCUAUACGAGAAUGGAAUAGAGGGUCCUCAUGUCCUCGUUGUGCCGUCCUCUACACUCGAUAACUGGGUCAGAGAGCUCAAGCUGUGGUGCCCAAGCUUCAAUGUUCUAAUCUAUUGCGGAUCUGUGGAGGACCGCCGCUACCUCAGACACGACAUCCUCAAUGACAAAUCUGAUUUCCAUGUCAUAGUGACCACAUACAACUUGGCGAUAGGAAACGAUUACGACCGCAGCCUUUUCCGCAAGCUGCGUAUGAAGUAUGCUGUGUUUGAUGAAGGUCACAUGCUGAAGAACAUGAGCAGCUUGCGAUACCGCCACCUCAUGGCUAUUAAUGCCGAGCAUCGUUUGCUGCUGACAGGAACUCCUUUACAGAACAACCUCUUAGAGUUGAUGUCUCUCCUCAACUUCAUCAUGCCUUCUAUGUUCUCCAGCACCACGACACAGCUCACCAAAAUGUUCUCUAUAAAAUCCCAAGACGAGCAGAGCCGUUUUGAAAGGGAUCGUAUUUCUCAGGCCAAACUCAUCAUGAAACCGUUUAUCCUCCGAAGACUCAAGAGUGAGGUUUUAAAGCAGCUGCCAGCGAAGGAGGAGAAGGUGGAGUCCUGCUCGAUGAGUGAGAAGCAGCAGGUGCUGUACGAGAAGCUCUUUAAAAAAAUCAAGGCCUCCACCACUGGCGAGAAGCGGGAGCUGUGCAAUGUGAUGAUGCAGUUGAGGAAGAUGGCCAACCACCCACUGCUCCACAGACAGUACUACACCACAGAGAAGCUCAAAGCCAUGAGCAAACUCAUGCUCAAGGAGCCAACUCACUUUGAUGCAGAUGCGGCUCUGAUCCAGGAGGACAUGGAGGUGAUGUCAGACUUUGAGCUGCAUCGUCUGUGCCAGCAAUACUCCACCAUCAGCUCCUACCAGCUUGAAAACAAUCUCCUGCUUGACUCUGGGAAGUUCCACUACCUCAAAGAGAUGCUGGCCUCUCUAAAAAACAAGGGCGACAGAGUGGUAUUAUUCAGUCAGUUCACCAUGAUGCUGGACAUUGUGGAAGUGAUGCUGAAACAUCACAAGCAUCGUUACAUCCGACUGGAUGGAUCUACACCCAUAGCCGACAGGAUUGUGUUGAUUGAUGAGUUCAACACGGACCCUGAAAUAUUUGUGUUCCUGUUGUCAACUCGAGCUGGCGGCCUGGGCAUCAACCUCACGUCAGCUAAUGUUGUGAUUCUACAUGACAUCGACUGCAACCCCUACAAUGACAAACAGGCAGAAGACAGGUGUCACCGUGUGGGACAGACCAGGAUUGUGAAGGUGAUUAGGCUGAUCAGUAAGGGCAGCAUAGAGGACUGCAUGCUGCAGCUGGGACAGAGGAAAUUAAAGCUGGAGCAGGACAUGACUGCUGCUGAACAGGGUGGUGAGGGAUUCAUACCUGAAGAUAUGGCAUCUUUACUCAAAGCUUCACUGGGAAUGUGAUACACAAACACAUGAAACCGGAGACGUUUUUGAAAGCAUUCCUAUGAUCCUGGCCAGAAACUACUGAGAAUCAUAUGCUGCAGGUUCUUGAAAUGAAUUCUGA